CGGAUCAAGAUCAGGAAAAGGAUGGAGACCAAGAAGGUUUACGUGAAGAGGCGGACAGAGUUCGGCAAGCAAUGCGUCUUUUCAGUGACGGAGCCGAGCCUGGACGUGGAUUUGCCACCGAAUCCGGCCGACAUGCGCGAUUACGUGAAGAAGUAUCGCUAUAACGCCACUGUGCAGAUGUCGACGCAAUUGGCAGAGCACGAGGCUCAAACGACCACAAUACCAACACAAGACACCGGAAUGUUUCACUUCGAAGGCGGAUGGCCCAAGGAUAUCAAUCCGUUGGAUGAAGAGAGCACAUCGAGGUUCCGCAGAAGGGUAGAGAAAGAAGACAUGUGGGCACCGAGAUUAAAUAAAUUGUUCGGUGUAAUGGAAGGAGGUGUUCUUCAAAAUGGCGCGAUCGACAUAUACCAGCACUAUUUCGACGACAUGGUGCCGACGAAGCUGGUGCGACCAGUCAGUCUCAGAGCAGUGGCGUCGUUCACGGACCCAGAACACCUGAAGAGACCGGUGACCGAUAUCUCUGUGUCCCCGGAUGACGGCAGAAGGAUAGCGGUUUCCUACAGUUUCUUGGAGUUCGGUAGACGAGCAGACUACAGCAACACGGUGUACAUCUGGCAGGUCGACAAUCCGAACGAGCCUUACAUGGCGCUGGAGCCUUUCUGUCCAUGCGUGGCAUGCGAAUUUAAUCCCCGGGAUCCUGCCAUCCUCAUCAGCGCUCUUAUGACGGGCCAGGUCUGCUACUGGGAUACCAGAGCGAGCACGAAACCUGUUCAGUACUCUGAUCCGCUAUUCAGUCACAGGGCUUACGCGAACGGAGUGACGUGGGUGCCAUCGAAGAGCAACGCAGAGUUCUUCUCCACCUCAUUAGACGGUUGCGCAAUGUGGUGGGACACGCGACGGCUUCGACGACCAACCGAAACUCUGAUAUUCGACCUGGAGAAACCGAACGAGCCCAGCAUGCACAAAGCAAUUGGUGUCUCCAGUCUGAACUUCGGAGCAAUGGUAGGAACGAAGUUUAUGUUCGGCAUGAACAAUGGUAUCGUAGUGACUGGCUCAAGAAAGGCGAAAACGAACGUCGAGAAACUGGCUACGAAGUUCCAAGCCCAUACUGGACCGGUGGUUGCUGUUGAUCGAAACGUGUUCAACCCCUCUGUGUUCUUAUCUAUUGGCGACUGGACGGUGAAGGUGUGGGAUGAAAGCACUAGAGAAGGGAACUUAAUCUCCACUCUGUAUGUUAAUAAUCCAACAACCGGAUGCUGGGACAAGAUAAGAAACUCGGUUUUUUACGUGGCGACGGACGCCGGAACUCUGAUCGCCUUGGACCUUCUUCAGAAACUCGGGAAGCCAAUUUUUAGGUUGCAAUUGUGCGAUUCGAGGAUCACGGCAAUAGCGCCGUACGAGGAAGGGACGUUCAUCGCCCUCGGCAACUACAACGGGACCUCGUUCCUCGUCGAAUCGACGAAAUUUCUUCAACGCUUCUGCCGAAAGGACAGGGCAGCGCUGUCGGAGUACCUAGAAAGAUGCACGAAAUUAACGAAAGCCGUGGACGUACGGCUGAGGGAGAUCAAAUUAAUGCAGAAACUUACGGCCGAGGAGGAAGAGGAAGUGGCCUUGCAUACUGCUGCCUCUGCUCUCAAGGUCAAGGAGAAGAAGAAAUCGAAGAAGGAUGAUAAAGAACAUCACGCAGAAUCGAAGAAAGAUAGGGAGAAAGACAGGGACUCGAAACAGGGCAAAGAAUUGAAGAGAAAACUUAAAAACUUCAUGACCACGGCGCAGCUCACGGAGGCGGAAAAUAAAUACUUCGAACUCGUAGGACAGGAACUGCUGCGGUACGCGAACGUGAGUGAACCGGAACUGCGUCCAACGGGCCCGACAUUAAUAGGGAAGAAACCGGAUCGCAAACCGAAGCCACAGCACGAAGACCAUAGCGCGAAGAAGGGCGCGGCAAGGGCAUCCGUUGGACCGAUCCACAAACGGAAACGAUCAACUCGUACAAAAUCAUCAGCACGAAAAAGAAGUUCAAGCAUACCAGCGCCCUCUCUGCAGAAGGUGGAACAAGUAGACUCCCUGGUCUCCGCGAAGAUAGACCGUCGAGAAAAGAAAACGAAGAAACAAAUGGUCAAAUUCCGGCUGCCGGUACCCUGCAAGAAAGAAGUAUGCAAACCACAAGUCUGUUGCUUCAGAGAUAAAAGAGGGCCGAGGAAGAAGAAGGAGCAGCAGACGAAGCCGAAGGCGAGGCUUUCAGACUCGAUCUCCGCAAAGUUGGACGAAGCCUCGAUAUCAACGUCGAUGAAGUCUACUCGCAAGAAGAAGGCCAUGCAAGCAUUAAUUCGCUGGAAAAUGACGAACUUGCCUACGGAGCUGGUCCAGGAGGCGAAGAGAGCCAGGAGGGAGCUCAGAGAGUCACCUUUCAGAAAAGUCUCCAAGAGUACGCCUAGGGACGAGAUCGCGAAAGAGGAAAGCCGGGUAAAAAUCAGCGAGAGCGUGCGAUCGCGUAAAACGAUCGAAUCGGAGACGCAUCAGGAGAAUGACGCCGACGACGAGAAGAAGGAGAUUUCGGAGGAUGCAGAGAAGCCCGCAGAGGAAGAUUCGUCGGCUGGAGAAGAGCGGAGGACAAGAGUCAAACGGGAUCCAUGCGACCUUCCAAAAUAUCCGAGCAUCUCGAAGCAGUUCGCGGCGAUGUUGAAUGCCCCGAUGCCGCAUUCGGUCGAGCGGGCGAUCGUUGAGGUAAAGGAUCUCGUAAAGGAGAUGGAAUCGAAAAAAGACAGAACUUAUCCACGAAUUUCGGAGUUUCACGUGAAGAUGUGA